GCGGAGGAAGACCGACCCCCCUUCUUGGGUCGGUUACGCACCGGGGAAGGCGGACCAACCCGGCUUUCUUUUUGGAAGACCAGCCCCUUUGGCUCCGGCUUUGCGCCGGAUCGGGACCGAGCCGGCCUCCUUGCCUGCCCGCCCGAGGGCGCCGGCAACGCGGAGGGGCGUCUCUAAUUGCCCGCCCGCCUGCUUUUCUCGCCGCAAAGGGUGCGAGCCAGCCGGGGCGAGGAUUUGGAGCGGAGACCGGCUUUUGGCCCCGGGUGGGGGCUGGAGGGAGAUGCAGGAAGCCAGCUCGCUCUAGGCCGAGCUCCUCCUCCCCUCUGCCCAUAGCUUCUCCUUCUCCCCCCCCCAGCCAACAUCCUCCCCCCUCCAGAUGCUUUGCCGCUGAUGCAUCGCCGGAUCCGGCAAAAAAGAUGGGUUUCAAGAUGGGUUUUUUGCACCAGCUCUACCUUCUCCUCUGGAAAAACGUCACCCUCAAGCGACGGAGCCCGUGGGUGCUGGCUUUCGAGAUCUUCAUCCCCUUGGUCCUCUUCUUCAUCUUACUGGGUCUGCGGCAGAAGAAACCCACCAUUCCUGUCAAAGAAGUCUCAUACUACACGGCAUCACCGCUCACCUCGGCCGGGAUUUUGCCGGUGAUGCAGUCCUUGUGCCCGGACGGCCAACGUGACGAGUUCGGAUUCUUGCAGUACUCCAACUCCACGGUGACGCAGCUGCUGGAGCGGCUGAACGAGGUGGUGGAAAAAAGUAACUUAUUUGAUCCCGAUCAUGCUGGCUUGGAAGAAGAGCUGGAGUCUUUGAGGCGCCACCUGGAGUCGUUCGGCAGCAACGAGCCGGGCACGAUGGAGACCCACUUCAGCGACCAGGCGGCUUCUGGCUUCACGCUGGACUCCGUGGCCAAGGACCGAGCCGAAUUCCACCGGUUCCUCAAGCAGAACCUUUCCUUGUCCAACGAGACGGUGGAGAUGCUGACGGCGUCCAGCAUUAACCUGAAAGAGGUGUACCGGUUGUUCUUCGGCACCUCUCCUGCCUCCGCGGAAGGUUUUCACGAGCCCUGGGACCGAUUUGGCACAGCAGAGAAACUCCUUCACCUGGAAGAAAGCCUUCUCGGCAGCCUGCGGACGGUAGAGGAUGGGCUGGUCCGCCAAGCCUUGCGUCACCCCCAGAAGAAGAGCCCCCCCAAAAAAGCUCUCCUCCACCUCCUCUCUCAGGCCUUGGGCCUCACCAGUCCUGCUCCGGAGCCGUCCAGCUCUUACACCCCGCAGGCCUUCGUGAAGGACAUGGAGAACGUCUUGUUCACGCCGGCUGUGCUGGAGAGCCUCACCUGCCAGCAGCGCCAGGACGAGCUGAAGCAGAUCCUGAACCUCCCGGAGAGGCAGCGCCCCCUCUUGCGAGCGUACCAGGCCGCCGUCUGCAACAAGAGCGCCAGCCGGCACAAGGACUAUUUUGGGCAGCUGGCCUCGGAGCUGAAAGACCAGCUGGACGCAGAAAAGGUCAUCAGGAAGUUGAAACUGGACGAGGUGAACAGCACGGCCGCCCGGAAUCGUCUCCACGCCCUGCUGGAGGACCUGAUGGAGAUGCAGACCGUCUUGAAGGACGUGGACAUCCUGUCGGCUUUGGCCAAGCUGCUCCCCAAGGGGGCCUGUUCGACCAAGGCUCCCCAGCCGGCCGCUUCCAACGCCACCGCCAGCUCGGCCGGAGGGAACUUCACCUCCGGCACAAACUCCAGCACCGAGGACGGUGUCAAGGGGGAGAGCGAAGCCCCCGCCGAGAACCCCCAGUGCUCGGCCUUUGUCCAGCUUUGGGCCGGGUUGCAGCCGAUCCUCUGUGGCAACAACCGAACCAUCGAGCCGGAAGCUUUGAAACAGGGGAACAUGAGUUCGUUAGGCUUCACCAGCAAAGAACAGAGGAAUCUGGGCCUCCUCGUCCACCUGAUGACCAGCAACCCCAAGAUCCUCUAUGCGCCCGUGGGCACUGAAGUCGAUAAGGUCAUCCUGAAGGCCAACGAGACCUUCGCCUUUGUCGGGAACGUGACGCACUACGCUCAGGUCUGGCUCAACAUCUCGGCCGAGAUCCGCAGCUUCCUGGAGGAGGGGAAACUGCAGCAGCGGAUCCUCUGGCUACAACAGAUCGCCGCGGAUCUUCACAAGCACCCCGAAAUCCUGAACGUUUCGGACAGCGACCUGCUCCACAACUUCAUGGAGAGCAACUUCUCCUUGUCUAACGCCAGCGCGCUCCUCCAGCAGCUGGACACCAUCGACAAUGCCGCCUGCGGUUGGAUCCAGUUCAUGUCCAAGGUCAGCGUGGACAUCUUCAAAGGCUUCCCUGACGAGGAGAGCAUCGUCAACUAUACUCUGAACCAAGCCUACCAGGACAAUGUGACGGUCUUUGCCAGUGUCAUCUUCCAGACCAGCAAGGACGGCACUUUGCCCCCGCACGUCCUCUACAAGAUCCGGCAGAACUCCAGUUUCACAGAGAAGACGAAUGAGAUUCGCCGAGCGUAUUGGCGACCUGGCCCGAACACGGGGGGACGAUUCUACUUUCUCUACGGCUUCGUUUGGAUCCAAGAUAUGAUGGAGCGAGCCAUCAUCAACACCUUUGUGGGCCAUGACGUGGUGGAACCCGGGAAUUAUGUACAGAUGUUUCCGUAUCCCUGUUACACGCGUGACGACUUCCUGUUUGUUAUUGAGCACAUGAUGCCACUCUGCAUGGUCAUCUCGUGGGUCUACUCGGUGGCCAUGAUGAUCCAGCACAUUGUGGCCGAAAAGGAGCACCGACUGAAAGAGGUGAUGAAGAUGAUGGGACUGAACAACGCCGUCCACUGGGUGGCCUGGUUCAUCACCGGCUUCGUCCAGCUCUCCAUCUCCGUGACGGCCCUCACCGCCAUUCUCAAGUACGGGAAGGUCCUGAUGCACAGCGAUGUCCUGAUCAUUUGGCUGUUCCUCGCCGUCUACGCGGUGGCCACCAUCAUGUUCUGCUUCCUGGUCUCCGUGCUGUACUCCAAAGCCAAGCUGGCUUCGGCGUGCGGUGGCAUCAUCUACUUCCUCAGCUACGUCCCCUACAUGUACGUGGCCAUCCGGGAAGAGGUGGCCCACGAUAAAAUCACCGCUUUCGAGAAGUGCAUCGCUUCGCUCAUGUCCACCACGGCCUUCGGGCUGGGCUCCAAGUACUUCGCGCUCUACGAGGUGGCGGGAGUGGGCAUCCAGUGGCACACCCUUAGCCAGUCGCCGGUGGAAGGGGACGACUUCAACCUUCUUCUCUCCAUCAUGAUGCUGGUCGUUGAUGCUGUGGUCUAUGGGGUGCUGACCUGGUACAUUGAGGCCGUGCACCCAGGAAUGUACGGCCUCCCCCGGCCCUGGUAUUUCCCCCUCCAGAAAUCCUAUUGGCUGGGAAACGGACGCACCGAGACGUGGGAGUGGACGUGGCCGUGGUCCCGGACCGCCCGCUUGAGCGUCAUGGAGGAAGACCAGGCGUGCGCCAUGGAGAACCGGCGUCUGGAGGAGUCUCGCGGCAUCGAAGAGGAGCCGAGCCACCUCCCGCUGGUGGUGUGCGUCGACAAGCUGACCAAGAUUUAUAAGACGGAUAAGAAGAUGGCCCUCAACAAGCUGAGCCUCAACCUCUACGAGAACCAGGUGGUCUCCUUCCUGGGCCACAACGGAGCCGGCAAGACCACGACCAUGUCCAUCCUGACGGGGCUCUUUCCUCCCACCUCUGGCUCGGCCACCAUCUACGGGCACGACAUCCGGACAGAGAUGGACGAGAUCCGGAAGAACUUGGGCAUGUGCCCUCAGCACAACGUGCUUUUCGACAAGCUGACGGUGGAGGAGCAUCUGUGGUUCUACUCCCAACUCAAAGGCAUGGCCGAGGAGGAGAUCCUGAAGGAGAUGGAUAAGAUGAUUGAAGACCUCGAACUGACCCACAAGUGCCACUCUUUGGUGCAAACGCUUUCGGGGGGUAUGAAGAGGAAGCUCUCGGUGGCCAUCGCCUUCGUGGGAGGGUCCCGGGCGGUCAUCCUGGACGAGCCCACGGCUGGCGUGGACCCCUACGCGCGGAGGGCGAUUUGGGACCUCAUCCUGAAAUACAAGCAGGGCCGGACCAUCCUGCUCUCGACCCACCACAUGGACGAGGCCGACCUCCUGGGCGACCGCAUCGCCAUCAUCUCCCACGGGAAGCUCAAGUGCUGCGGGUCCCCCCUCUUCCUCAAGAGCACCUACGGCGAUGGGUACAAGCUGACGGUGGUCAAGAAGCAGUCCGACUCCUGGACCAACGCAGACUCUGGACAGACCCACAGCAGCCCCUCCGGCCCCUCCUCCGUCAGCCCUUGCUCCGAAGCCCGAGUCACGCAGUUCAUCAAGAAGUACGUCUCCUCGUGUCUCCUCAUCUCCAACACCAACACGGAGCUCUCCUACAUCCUCCCUUCCGAGGCGGUGAAAAAGGGCUGUUUUGAGAGGCUCUUCCAGCACCUGGAACACAGCUUAGCCGCUCUAGACUUGACCAGCUUCGGCCUGAUGGACACCACCCUGGAGGAGGUUUUCCUCAAGGUCUCGGAAGAGGACCAGUCCCUGGAGAACAGCGAUGCGGAUGUGAGAGAGUCCGACAAGGACGCCUCGCCCCUGCCUGACCCACCCCUGGCCCCCAAGCCCGAGGCCAACGGAGAGGCCCGGCGGGGCUCCGGCGUGCCUGACAAGGCGGAGGCGGACCGAGGCAGCUUGCUGGGCUCCUCCCAGUUGGCCCAGUCACAGGCCUCACUGGGGUCGCUGUCGUCGUCUUCGGCCGGCUCGGUGCGAGGCGAUGAAGGUGGGGCUUAUUCGGAGUUCUACGGGGACUAUUCCCCAUUGUUUGAUAACCCGCAAGACCCUGAUAACGUCAGCUUGCAAGACCACGAGGCCGACACCGAGGAGGACGAGCAGGUCCUGGCCGGCCAAGGCAGCGUCAAGCUGGAGGGCUCAUGGCUGAAGCUGCGCCAGUUCCACGGUCUGAUCGUCAAGCGCUUCCACUGCGCCAAGCGCAACACCAAGGCCCUCUUCUCCCAGAUCUUGCUGCCUGCCUUCUUCGUCUGCGUGGCCAUGACGGUGGCCCUCUCCGUGCCCGAGAUAGGAGACCUGCCUCCCCUCACCCUCUCGCCCUCGCAGUAUCACAAUUACACCCAGCCGAAAGGCAACUUCAUCCCGUACGCAAAUGAGGAGCGGCAUGAAUACCGGCUGAAGCUGUCCCCGGAUGCCAGCCCACAGCAGCUUGUCGGCACCUUCCACCUGCCCUCGGGGGUGGGGGCCACCUGUGUGCUGAAGACGGCCUUCAACAGCACUCUGGACCAGCUGGUCCAGUCUCUCAACCUCAACAGCAACGAGUCGAAGACCCUGGCUGCCAAAUACUUCGACGCCAUGUGCGUGGACUCCUUCACCCAGGGCCUCCCCCUCUCCAACUUUGUGCCGCCCCCGCCGUCUCCCGCCCCCUCGGACUAUCCCUUUUCCCUGGACGAGGGGCUGCUCCGGGCCUGGAACGCCACCUCCUACCCCGCGGCCGCCAAAGGGACCGUCACCUCUGCCCCGUCUUUGCCCAGCGUGGUCCACGAGCCCAUCAAGUGCACCUGCUCUAUGCAAGGCACCGGCUUCUCUUGCCCGAGCGGCGUGGGCGGCCACCCACCCCAGAUGAAGGUGGUGACGGGGGACAUCCUGGUGGACAUCACCGGCCGCAACGUCUCCGAGUACCUGCUCUACACGUCGGACCGCUUUCGGCUGCACAGGUAUGGAGCCGUGACCUUUGGCAACAUCCAGAAAUCCGUCCCAGCAUCAUUUGGCGCGGAGGCCCCUCCCAUGGUGCGCAAAAUAGCCGUCCGGAGAGUUGCCCAGGUGUACUACAAUAACAAAGGGUACCACAGCAUGCCAACGUAUCUCAACACCCUCAACAAUGCCAUACUUCGUGCCAACCUGCCCAAGAGUAGGGGGAACCCCGCGGCCUACGGGAUCACCUUGACCAACCACCCGAUGAACAAAACCAGCGCCAGCCUCUCCCUCGAUUACCUCCUCCAGGGCACGGAUGUGGUCAUCGCCAUCUUCAUCAUCGUGGCCAUGUCCUUCGUGCCGGCCAGCUUCGUGGUCUUCCUCGUGGCCGAGAAGUCCACCAAGGCUAAGCACCUCCAGUUCGUCAGUGGCUGCGACCCGGUCAUCUACUGGCUGGCUAACUAUGUCUGGGACAUGCUAAACUACCUGGUGCCGGCCACGUGCUGCAUCAUCAUCCUUUUUGUCUUUGACCUGCCGGCCUACACCUCGCCCACCAACUUCCCGGCGGUCCUCUCCCUCUUCUUGCUCUAUGGCUGGUCCAUCACGCCCAUCAUGUACCCGGCCUCCUUCUGGUUCGAGGUGCCCAGCUCCGCCUACGUCUUCCUCAUCGUCAUCAACCUCUUCAUCGGCAUCACGGCCACCGUGGCCACCUUUCUGCUUCAGCUCUUUGAGCAUGACAAGGACUUGAAAAUGGUCAACAGCUACUUGAAAAGCUGUUUCUUGAUCUUCCCGAACUAUAAUCUCGGCCACGGGCUGAUGGAAAUGGCGUACAACGAGUACAUCAACGAAUACUACGCCAAGAUUGGGCAAUUCGAUAAGAUGAAGUCGCCCUUCGAGUGGGACAUCGUGACGCGGGGCUUGGUAGCCAUGACCAUUGAAGGCUUCGUAGGCUUCUUCAUCACCAUUAUGUGCCAGUAUAAUUUCUUCCGGAAGCCGCAGCGUCUUCCCGUGUCGACCAAACCCAUAGAAGACGACGUGGACGUGGCCAAUGAGCGGCAUCGAGUCCUGCGGGGAGACGCUGACAACGAUAUGCUCAAAAUUGAGAACCUCACCAAGGUCUACAAAUCUCGCAAGAUCGGACGCAUUCUGGCCGUGGACCGCCUCUGCGUGGGGGUCCGGCCAGGAGAGUGUUUUGGCUUACUCGGGGUCAACGGGGCCGGGAAGACGACCACCUUCAAGAUGCUGACGGGGGACGAGAGUACAACGGGAGGCGAGGCCUUUGUCAAUGGACACAGCAUCUUGAAGGAGCUUCUGCAGGUGCAGCAAAGCCUGGGCUACUGCCCCCAAUUUGAUGCCCUCUUUGACGAGCUGACGGCACAGGAACAUCUGGAGCUCUUCACCCGGCUGCGGGGCAUCCCCUGGAAGGACGAGGAACGGGUGGUGAAGUGGGCCCUGAAGAAACUGGAGCUGAGCAAGUACGCGAACAAGCCUGCCAGCACUUACAGUGGGGGGAACAAGAGGAAGCUCUCUACGGCCAUCGCCCUGAUUGGCUACCCGGCCUUCAUUUUCCUGGACGAGCCAACCACAGGAAUGGACCCCAAGGCCCGACGUUUCCUGUGGAACCUCAUCUUGGACAUCAUCAAAACAGGCCGUUCGGUUGUGCUGACCUCACACAGCAUGGAAGAAUGCGAGGCACUUUGCACCCGUCUGGCCAUCAUGGUCAACGGACGCCUGAAAUGUCUAGGAAGCAUCCAGCAUCUCAAGAACAGGUUUGGGGAUGGCUACAUGAUCACAGUGCGGACGAAGUCGAGCCUCAAUGUGAAAGAGGUCGUGCGGUUCUUCAACCGGAACUUUCCAGAAGCUGUGCUUAAGGAGAGGCACCACACAAAAGUGCAAUACCAGCUGAAGUCGGAGCAGAUCUCGUUGGCCCAGGUCUUCAGCAAGAUGGAGCAGGUGGUGGACGUCCUGGGCAUCGAGGAUUACUCCGUGAGCCAGACCACCUUGGACAACGUUUUUGUGAACUUUGCCAAGAAGCAGAGCGACAACCUGGAGCAGCAGGAGGCGGGCAGCCCGGCCUGUUCGAUGGAGUCGCCUCUCCAGCGGCUGCUCAACCUGCUCCGGCCCCGAGCGGCCCCCACGGAGCUGCGGGCCCUGGUGGUGGAGGAGCCUGAGGACCUGGAGACCGACGACGAGGGACUGAUCAGCUUUGAGGAGGAGCGGGCUCAGCUCUCUUUUAACACGGACACGCUCUGCUGAGGGGGGGACAGGCGAGUGGCCCCCGCCCUUGGCUUCCGAGCCACAGAUGCCCUCCUCCAACUGGACGACCUCUGCCUCCCGUUGGCCCUUGAUGCCCCCCCUUGAACCUCCGCCGCCCGAGGCGCGAAAGAAGAGGCGUCCGAUGGGUCCCGAUUUCUCAGCGUCUGGCCUUGGUGGUUUUGCCCCACGGGGCCGAGACGGUUCCGUGUCGGCUACCGAGACCCGCAAAAGAGAUGCCGGCCGGCCGCACCGGACCCUCUCUGGAAUGUGGACGGCAGUGCCUGCACGGGAGCAGGAGGGUCUACUUUAAUGCAGGUUUGCUUCUCACACAGGCAACCCUCUUUGUAAAAAAAUUUCACCUGGAAGGUGAAAAAAGCCGGCUUAUGGCAAAAUCUUAACUUUUUCGGGGGGGGCCUCUGAAAAAGGGUCACCAUAAAUCAGAAUUGACUUGAUGGCACAAGGUGAUGAUGAUGAUGAUGAUGA